AUUAAGCGUCCAAUCAAGUAAAUGUUUCCCACCUUUGUAAUUUAAGAGUCAUUAUCCUCCGCACCUCACUCUUCAGAUAGUACCUAAUAGUCGUAUUUCAACGAGCGUUUUGCGUGGUUUAGUUUAGCCGCUGAAAAUGUUGAUCCCCACUGAAUUUUUGAUACUAUUGGGUAUUCUUUGGGCCUCACCGGUGAAAGCAGAUUCAUGGAAAAAUCGUUCAGGUGUAUGUUCAACGAAUGAUUGUAUGCAGGUGGCCCACAUAUUCCGCCCGACCAUGCAUCAAAAUUAUGAUCCAUGUGACAACUUUUAUGGAUUUAUAUUUGGUGCAUCGCAAUUUACAGACUUCGCCUACAACAUUCCGUACCAAAGACAGACCGUCUCUAAUCUGACAUUAGAUGCCGAAAAACGUUUAAAAAACAUGGUGGAGAGCUCGAACAAUGAGAGUCAUAUUCCUUGUGUUCAAAAAGCCAACAAAUUCUUCAAGUCCUGCAUGAAUAGUAAUGAUAAGGCGGAAGUGGACUACAUUAUUUCCAUUUUAAAACAAAAUGGUGGAUGGCCGAUGAUGAUGACCGUUGAAGACUGGAAGCGGAAUGCACAUUCGUGGCAGGAUGUUGACAGAUAUUAUUGGAAUUUAACUAAUCGUCACGCGUUCUUCGAUAUAACGUACAACGUGUCGGCGUCGCGUGAUCCCGAAGACCAACAAAUUUUUCUUUCAGAGCCAUACUGGAAGCCACUUAGAUCCCAUCAGUUACUAUCUAGAUCAGCAGUUGAAAAUACAGUUCAGUUACUCAUUCGUCAUACGGCGGCGAAUGUUUCUGAUGAGCAAUUGAAUAAGGACAUUAUGGAUCUCUUGAACUUCACGAGUCGCCUACAAAAGAUUCGGACAAUGGAUUAUCUUACUAAUGGCUACAUUAUGAACGUCGCAAAUUGGGUUGAUGAUUGGGAUUAUGGCAAUCAAUUUGGACCGAAUGCAAAUGGAUCUAAAGCAGCGGUGAAUUGGAGAGAGAUUUUCCGGCGCAUACUCGCUCCGGAAAAAAUUGAAAUACGAGAUCAUAUUCAGAUGGACAUCGAUAGGCCGUACCUCUUAUCAUUGCAAACAUUAUUGAAGGAAACUGAUGAGCGGACAAUCGUCAAUUUCAUUCACGCAAGAUAUUUGUCGCGUCUAUUGCGAAACGCUGCGUUACCGGGCAGCAAAAGGAUGUCACGUUGGAAAGAAUGUUUUGAUGAAGGCCGAAGUUUAUACGAGGAUAUUCAGUUGGUGGUGGGAAAUUACUUUAAUGUGACUCUUAAAGAAGCUGCUCGAAAAUUAUUCCACGACUUGAAAAAUGAAUUGGAGUUUGAAAUUGAUGAUUCCAACUGGAUGACAUUUCAGUCUAAAGAAGCGUUAAAACAUAAAGUUAAGAAUAUAUCCUAUUCAUACGACUAUCCAUGGUUUGAUGAUGUGGAGAAGUUCAUGAACCAUCGCUAUGAACACCUCACUGUGGGGGAUAACUACAUGAGCAAUAGAUUGGCGUUUGAGAAACAUAAGAAGUAUUUCGAUCCAUUGGAGUCUGCCAAGGUUGUUUAUAAUCGCAUAACGAUGUUCCCAUUUCUGCUGAUGCCUACGUACCGCAGGGAAAGGAAUUCAGUCCGAAUUCCUGCAUCUCUCUUCCAGCGUCCGAUAUUUGGUUCUGGAAUACCUGAUUACGUGUAUUACGCGAUUAUAGGAUCUCGCGUUGGUUCUGCAAUAAGUGAUUCGCUCAGCCUUCACGAAAUGCGGGUAAAAGGAGAUCGUAAGAACGAGCUGCUGAGUGAAUACCAAUGGGAAGAGUACAUGAAAAGGAUUGGCUGCGUUAAGGGACAAUAUGUGGAGUAUUAUGCGCCUAAAUUUGUAGAUCCAGACCAAUUAAAUAACCAUAUUGCCGAAACACUUGGAAUUAGAGCAGCUUUCAAUGCUUACAAACGUGUGAAGCAAAAUGGAACAAAAAUUGCGCAAUUGAAGGUUCCUCAAUUUGAAAAUUUCACUGAUGAACAAAUGUUUUUCAUCAUUUCCCUUGGGAGCCUCUGCAGGAAAUUCGAUUGGAUGUGGUCUGAGGAAAGCGCAUAUAGAAUAUCUCUGGAAUUUCAAGUUAAUAAUGCGGCCCGGAAUAUCCCGGAAUUUGGAAAAGCUUUCAAUUGUCCCGCCGGGAGUGCCACGAAUCGCCACCACAAAUGUAGUAUUUGGACAAACUAUGACGCCCCAUCGCGGCAUAAAAUUUAAUUACAUGAUUUGGUCGAAGCUAUUCGCAAGCUGGCUUCUAAACUAAAAUUUAAUCUGUCUGUACACUUUUGAUAUAUUCAUGAACAAUCAGACUAGAAGUCAGGUAUUACAUGAGAAAUUUUUUCCAUCGAAUUAUUAUUUCAAUUUUGGCAAAAAAUAAGAGACCAAAAUUCCUAACUAACGAAAGUCCUAUAUAAGUAUACCAGUCACUAAUCCAACAUGGUGGCUUUCACGGAGAUGAUUGAUAAUUGAUUAUGUCGUAGUCACAAUCGAUCAUUUUGAUAAUUGAUAAUCACUGGCGCUAGUGUAAAAUAACAUGAAUCGUUUUUUGGCCAGACAGUGCGAGAUAUGGACCAAAUUUUCUAAAUCUGGUGGUAUAUUACAAAAAAAAUGUAAUUUAGACAACUAUUCGUCAAUUUUUAUAUAAUAUUUUGAAUAUCAUGUUAUGAAAUCAAUUUGAGGUGGGAAUUUUCCGAAGCCUCUUUCAUUUUCAAGGACGUCUUGGGGCUCCUCGUCAGUCGCUGGCCCUAUGGCGAAGCGUCCCAGUAGGGCAGAUUCGAGUCCCAGUGAUGAAAGAUUUUUUCAUCACCGGAAAUCGAAGUCAGCGCAUGUGGAGUUCGUUAUACGUACGUGGAGUUAGAUAUAAGUUGAUAUGUUAAAUAUGAGGUGGAAUUUUGUGAUUGGUUGGAGAUUAAUAAAUGACGACUUGAUUAAAA